UAUGGGAUUUUUAAGAAAGUAGAGUUAGAGUUUGGUUUAUGGACUUUUGGACGUGGUUUAAGAGUUUAGGAUGUAAUUUUGAACAUGGAGGGUUUUUGGAAGUUGAAUUAUAUGUGGGUGAAGUAUGGGUUCGAAAAGUUAUAGAUAAAGGAGGUUCUUGAGGUUAAGUUUUUUAUGAUAAAAAUGUUCAUGAAGUAGAACCUCUAUAUCCCAACCUCAAAAUUUCUAAUACCUACAAAUUUCUAUUAUUUCCACCCUCUAAAGCUCACUUGGAUCCUCCCAGUCCCAUCAAAGUUCAUAUUGUUACUAAAACUAAUUAACUUUUUUACAUGGGUUUAACAGGAGUAAAUAUUUUCAUUUAGCUUAAAGCGUUCGCCAAAAUAGCCAAAAGCUGAAUGCUCAUAUUCUCGUUAUAGUUCUUAGCCUCUUUCUGCCAUAUAUUCCCAUUCCCUCACAGAGGGCUGGUCAUAAUCAUAGAGAGCCUCCGAUUCAAAAAUUUUGCGGGUUUUGGAACUGUCUUUACUUUCAAAAUUUCUGACGCUGACUCUGUUUCAAGUUGUAGUUGAACUUUUAGGAGAAAUUUCAUGAAGAUUUCAUACAGAGAUCUAGGAAAUCUCAGGGAGAGGCAUCAAUUAGGCAAGUCCCCAGGUAAUGAUUCCUCAAACAAACAUGCUGUUCCCUCAACCUGAGCAAACCCAGGCUGUGCCUGCAACUGAGAGUGAAGAGAUGAAGAAAUGUCUGGAAGAAAUGAGAACUCAAUUUUUUAAUUUCGUUCCGAAAAUUAACUCAAUGGAGGAGUAUUGUCUCUGUGAUGCUUAUUACAUGCAGUACUUUGAUUAUUCAUUGUACUCAGAGUACUCUACUAUGGUGGGAGGCUCUAUGGACUUGAUGAGUCCUCAGAAGCUGGCUCCAUCUUUGAAGUCGGUGAGAAAGAGGAGGAGAAAGAAUAACCUCCCUGACAUCGAUUCACAUAUCCAGGAAGUUCAGAGUCUUAUUCAGUGUGGGGAACUCAUGUACAUUGAGUUCACUUCUAAGAACUCUAAUGCUCUUACUGUAGACAAUUGCAAGAGAAGGUCCAGAUACACUGGAGUCUCUCGUAAUGGAAAGAACUGGCAAGUCCUCGUUAAUAUGGGAAAAGAGAAGAAGUACAUUGGUUCAUAUACUUCUGAGAAAGAGGCUGCUCUGGCCUAUGAUUUCUACACAGUUUGACUACAUAAAGUAAAGGCAAAGACCAACUUUAGUUAUCAUUCCUCUCUGAUAGAGAGCAUGAUUAACUCUUAUUAUCAAAAUAACAACAUGUUUGACCCCUCUUCCUUCAUAAACUCAGUUUAGGAAGUCAGAGGGCGUUAUUC